UACAAGUAUAUGUAUUGUUUGUGUAAAAAUUGCUGCGAUGUGCUGUAUAACAGUUAUAUACACGUGCCGGUAGGCAAUUUGUGCACUCCCUCCGAGAAGCUGUCUGUAAAUGUGUGAUAUUAUCACGCACCAACAACAGGGAUGUUCCCCGCUUGUGUAUACUGGAACAUAAGGCUUCUCAAACUUCCCAACAAGUCUAAACUAUCCAUUGCGCACAUGCAUACCGUGUGGUUCGGAUGCGCAUUGGUACCUUGAUGAAUACAAUCGGGGAUUGUUUUGGUUACCAUCGAUAGGGAACAAUGGACACACCAAAACAUUCAAACGGAGUGGUCAAAGUCACAAAGGCCAGCAGGUUCGCCAACAAACGAAAACAGAAACGAGUCCAGCGGCACCGAUCUGAUGGAUUUGUUGUGGGAUUGGACUUGGGGAACUCCGAGGACGAGAGCUCUCCGGACAGAGGAGCCGGGGGCGCAGACGCCGUCAACUUUCUCCAAUGGAUUCGGAAUCCUACCAUUGCUAACUUGGCCAAAUUACGGCGGUCCAUCAAGGGAAAUGACCGCGACUGGAUGUCGGAAUUCCUGGAGUUUGACGGUCUCGGAUUCCUUUUCCAAUGUCUAAAGAAGCUUGGUGAGAUUGGAGGGACUCAUUUCUCGGACAUGGUUCUGAGGAUGGAGUGUAUCAUGUGUAUUCGGGAAGUGGUAAACUCCCAAAGUGGACUAGACUGUCUCCUUACGUUAAAGGGCCGUAACGACAACCUGUUUGGAAGGAGAUUCGCCUCGGCUCUGGAGACGAAGAACCUGAUGGUGAAAAUGCAGGUGUUCGAACUGCUGUCCGCACUAUGUGUGUACUCAACAGACGGUUACUACCUCACACUGGACGCCCUCGAAAACUAUAAGGUAUUUAAGAAACUACAGUACCGCUUCAGCCUUCUGGUGAACGAAUUGCGGAAUUCUGAUCUGACUACGUACAACACAACCAUUAUGGCGUUAAUCAACUCCAUCAUUGUGGCCAAUGAGAGACUCCAGGACAGACAGCGAAUCAGAAACGAGUUUAUAUACCUUGGGAUCGUUAGUACCAUAAAGAGCCUGCGCAUUGAGGAUGACCCUGACCUUAACCUACAGUGUGACGUAUUUGAUGAGGAAUAUGGCGCCGAUAUGGAAGCUGUGGAGGAGAUGCGAGAAACAGGAAAUGUCAACAUAGGUGACCCAGAGGCCUUGUUCAAAGCAGUCUACACAAGGGUGCGAGACACGCCCAUUAGCUCCUCCUUGCUCGGUAUCCUCUACAAUAUGUUCCAAAUAGACGUUGGUACCACGCAGAGCGAAAGUACCUGGUGUUUCCUAGAGAGAUUGACACAGGAUGUUCUCACCGCAAAGUCCGAGCAAGAGAAACUCCGAGUGAGGAACGCGGCCAAAGUGAAGCUUCAGCUAACCUCAGAUAAACGAGUCCAGACGGACGAAGUGCCAUGCAGCCCGAAGUCUUCGCGCCAUAUUAACAGGGGUAAUCCGCUGUCUACGGAGGCGUACCAGGGCGUCACAGAUGUAUUGAAUGCGAGAACAGCUACGCUUCCAAACACAUCAACGUAUACAAUUCAACUGGCUAAGCCUUUUGUCACUGUGACUCCUCCACCAGCACCACCUCCACCUCCAGUAGUUGGAGGAGCGCCUCCCCCACCUCCUCCGCCACCCCCUGUUCCACCUGGAAGUGGAGUUCCUCCACCACCACCUCCCCCACCUCCAGCUCCAGGUUGUCCUGCCCCUCCACCUCCUCCACCUCCUCCACCUCCUCCAGGUGGAUGUCCACCACCUCCUCCACCUCCUCCAGGUGGAGGUCCACCACCCCCGCCCGGUGGAGGUCCACCACCUCCUCCAGGGGUGCCCCCUCCCCCAGGAUCACCAUCUCCAGGAAUGGGAUUUCCUGCCAGCCCAGCUGUUCCUCUUCCACCGACAAUAUCUACACCAGAACCUAAAUGCAAGAUGAAACACCUCAUGUGGAGCAAGAUUCCAACUACUGCCUUUAAUAAUGACAGUGUAUGGGGCGAUGUCAACAAAAUGGCUGACGAUAUACCGGUUGAGUAUAAGAAGUUAGAAGAGAUGUUUGCUCAAAAAUCCUUACCUACAGUAUCUGAACUCCGACCAGACUCCGGAAAAUCUCCGUUGGCUCGUAGACAUUCCGGCGCAGCAGAGGAUGAUACAGGGACUGUGAAUGAGGAUAGUCCUGGAGGUAACACGAAGAAGAUCGCCCUCCUUGACCCAAAGAAGAGUAUGAACGUUAACAUAUUUCUGAAGCAGUUCAGGAAGCCGACAGAGGUUGUUGUAGAGCUCAUCAAGAUGGGCGACAGCCGAUCUUUCGGUGUAGAGAAACUAAAAAGCCUUCAAAAGAUCCUGCCUGGUCACGACGAGGUUGAGAUGCUUCAAAAUUUUGACGGAGAUUACAAACGUCUUGGUGAAGCAGAAAAGUUCUUUUCCCAUCUUAUCAAGCUGGCAUCCUACAAGGUACGAGUAGAAGGGAUGAUACUGAAGGGAGACUUUAACGCCCAGUUAGGAUCCAUUCGUCCGAACGUCACCACACUGAAUACAGCCUGUAGACGACUGUUCGACAAUGCGUCUCUUAAAACAGUGCUCCGAUACGUCCUGCACGCCGGAAACUUUAUAAACAAAGGGAGUGGUUCUGGAAAUGCGCUCGGGUUCAGAAUCAGUUCCCUCAAUAAGGUCGCUUCCACGAAGUCUAACAUGGGGCGAGUAACACUGCUCCACCUAGUGGUGGAGGAGAUGGAAGCCAAGGAUGAACACGCACUUGCUUUCGUCGACGAUCUACUGGACGUUUUACAGAAGGCAGCGAGGUUUACACUAGAGAGUACAGUAAACGAGUUCUCACAGCUGAAGAAGAGUGUACAAGACUUACAGAAACAGAUGGACCAUGUUGAAGAUGAUGUAAAGUCACAGUUCUCCGAAUUCCUUGAGGAUGCAGAGGCGGAUAUAGAAGACGUAGAAGAAGGCAUAGAACGCAUCCGCAAACUAUCUAAGCGGUUAGCACAGCAUUACUGCGAGAACGAACGCACCUUCAAAUUAGACGAGUUUUUGGAUACAUUCCGAGAUUUUUGUGAAAAGAUCAAAGCUUGUCAACAGGAACUGCAGUCUAAGAAGCAGGAAGCAGAAUCCGCCGAGAAGAGGAAGAAAGUGAAGGAAGAUAUCCAGGAACGCCGUAAAAAUACCCUCUCUCCAUUUGGACUCACCCAGGAUCGUAAAAUAGUGGACAACAUCGUCAAUGAGAUUCGGAACGGGAAAGUGUUACGGAGACUGUCACUCCGUAAAAACAAUGGGGACUACUCCACGGCUAGAUCUGGGGGGAAAUGACCAGUCCGGACCCCAGUGCCUCUCCAAUGUCUGUGAUAAUCUUGGUGAUGAUAAAUGUUUAAUCUUGAUUCGGGAAAGUCUCAAUCUUUUAAGUACCUUCAAACGAUUGCUUGUCAAUUUUAAUUUCUGUGAUGCCAUGUAGGAGUUCAUCCUACAGUGUUCACGAUAAAUCCAGUCUUGGAAAGCCUUCAUACUGUGUGUCGGACAAUUUAUAUACCACUGAAUCAUAUUCCUUAAACAUGUCGGCGUGAUUACUCUGUAUGUAAUUUUUUAUUGUGAAUAAAAUAAGUCAUUGUUAUA